AUGACGUCGUCAAGAGUAGAGCCCGCAGUACAACAGUUGGUCAAUGCGCAUGAGUUCUUGGAGAUCAUUGAAACUGGUCAAGAUGAAAAUAAGCGCGUGCGUAUUAAAUGUCAAUUGACGCAGCACGAGAUGCUGCCGCGUGCUGAUCUAAUUGCGACGCAUCUCAAGUCCAAGAAGUUUCUCAAAGCUAGGGACUGGUAUUGUCACGAUUACUCACAGUAUGAGCCAUACAUUGUACCACAUCGCAGACUUCCCAAGAGCUUAUAUUGCAAUGUCACGGGCACAAUUCUAAAUCGCAUUCCAUUGGAAGUGGAGAAGCACAUGCAGGGUAAACGGUACAAGCGGAUGAAACAGCACGUGAAGAUUAAAGUAACGAAAAGCCAGGAUGAAGAUGAUCACAAGAUACAGACGUGUGGAGAAUUUGAUGCAGAUGCCUUUGAGUUUGAAAACAGUCAAUUUAUAUACUCGGACGACGAGGACGAGACGCAGGAAGAUGGAGAGGAGGAGCUCGAAGGACUCAAGAUUAGCACGAAAAAACAGCAAGAAGAAGAUGAUAUGGCUGACUUGUAUCCGGAAGAUGAGUCGGAAGAGGAAGAGGUGAAUACGAAGGAUAAAGACGGUGAUGAGACAAUGGAGGAGAAGCCGAAGAAGAAGCGUCCAAUCAAGGACAGGACAGUUUCCAAGAAAACAAGACAUCGGACCAAGAAGGCGAAGGAGUUGGACUAA